AUGCGUGGAGCAUACAGAGAUAGCGAGGAAGCAGGUGUUUCUUGUGAAAUCUGCGCUCCAGCUGCAUUGAACGAACCAGCAAGUGCUACUAUAGCAAGACGCUUCUCAUUGCAUGAGAACUCCCUUCAAAUCCUUUAUGAAGAGAACGUCUUCAGCUAUGCACAUAAUUGGGGCGUUUACUUUGGGCCUCAAGGCGUCUCAGUUGAUCCUUGCAAUGUCAGGCCCUUUCACAAGGUCUAUCACCACGAAGGACCGGUUCACCCAAACCCAGUCAUUAGCGACAUCGAGGUACCUCCUAUGACUCCCGCUGGAGAAUGGCCCGUAGCUUCUGUGCUCUACGACGGCGAGGAUUGCUCGAUUAUAGGUGAUGGAGCUGGCCCUCCAACACUGAAAUGUGCGCAGCAUCCUGGCCUUGUGUUUGCGAAAAAUCCAGAAUACGACGAUGGCACUGUAAUCUGCGAUGUCCAUCGGCACCACCGGGCUUACUAUGUUGAAUUUACUGGGCAGCUGAGGAUGACUUGA